AAGAUGAAGGCAGAAUAGGCAUGGUCAGAGCAGUAGUACUGACUUCCAAGAGUUGGUGACCCAUAGUGUGUGAGCCACACUGGUUGCCAUUUUUUCCCCCAGAAAAAGGUUGGUCAAAGACACGCUGAACUGCAGUAAAUAGUUUCACAGCAACUCUGAGCCCAGAAUUGAAUGCAGAGCCCUGACUGCCAGUCACUUAUUCCACUUUCUAAGCCCUAGGCUUUCCAUAUCUGCUUUCCCAGGCAGAGGCCUUAGAUGAGGGUGAGGGAAUUUCCCAGAAAAGAGAAAGUUUUUUUUUUUUUUAAAGAUUUAUUAUUUAUUAUGUAUACAUUGUUCUGCCUACAUGCAUGCUUGCAGGCCAGAAGAGGGCGCCAAAUCUCAUUUCAGAUGGUUGUUAGCCACCAUGUGGUUGCUGGGAAUUGAACUCAGCACCUCUGGAAGAACAGCACAGUGCUCUUAACCGCUGAGCCAUCUCUCCAGCCCCCGAAAGUUUGUUUUUAUAAUGAAUAGAUAUUGAAGUGAUUAUGUGUAUGAAGGUGUAGUAGGUAGCAUACAGCAAUGUCUUCAGCCAAGCCUUGCAUGUUAGCUUCAUCUUUAUGUACACACACACACACACACACACACACACACACACACACACACCUUCAGAACUCAGAUUACCCAGCCAAAGCCAGAGGUGUCCACAUCUAUUGAGAAAGACAACCACAGGCUUAAAUCACAUCUAGUUCUGGGACUUUGCAGAGAUCCAGUCAGUCAGCUCAUGUGGUUAUUCUGCCUGCCAGGUGCUCUUAGUAUGGGGCAGCCACCAGCCUCAGCAGCAUGUACUCCACACUCUUAAGACCCACAAUCAGCACCUUGGAGCAUACACAUGAGCUCCCUCCCCUUGCUCAUACCUACAUAACAGAAGGACACAUAACAGAAAGAGCCACUCAUUCAGUAUAGAAGUAUGCACAACUCUAGAGGCACACAAUCAAUGGACAUUUGCAGCGCUCCCCUGCAUGUCCACAAUAAACAGAAGGAUCAAUACAACAUACAGAAGGUGUAUGCACUUCUAGGCAUUCCAAUAACCAAAUUCCUGUAACUCAGACCUCAUCACAUUCCUGGAUCCAUGAAAAGUAUAUCUAGAGGCACAACUUAUUUUUCCAUAUCUACAACACAAACAUACAGAAAAUCAGACACACAGAAACCACUCCUGGGUGUGGACACAAAUUUAGGCAAGUAUAUGUUAGGCAAAGAUGUGUUAAGUCUCCCUGUACCCUGGGCUAGGUAGAAGGGACCAGGUUGGAGGGCCCUAGCCCCAUCACAUCCCAUGUGUAAAUACAGAGCCCCUGCCUCCUACUGAGAGGGUAGGGAUCACAUUCUUAGAGGGGCUACUUGGGCAGUGGCAGUUCCCAAAAGGCACAGGAAGCCCCAUAGUCUAAGAGUGACUGAUUGACCUUUAGGUUUCUCCUUCCCUCUAAAACCUCCUCCUUCCUCAUUUCCCAAAUGAGUGUCAUCAUGAGUGGCAUGGUUUUGUAAAGGGGGAUGGUGGUAAGGGUGUCAUCCAGGCAGCAGGCCAAGGAAACAAUGCCAAGAUAUGUGUUGUGUGUGACAAGGGAGAGACCUUCCACUCAGGCAUUUACUCAUUACACAGAGAAGCAUGAGGCAGGCAUAGUUAUAUCGGCAACCUUCAACUCUCAGAAGCAACAUGCUCAGAUAUAUGCCUGGCUCUCAGGAAGGGACAUGGAGCACACUAAGGGACACAUGCCACUCACAGAGGCAUAGACCCACCAGAGAGCUGUGCACACACAAGCAUACCUACUUCCACCUGCUAAGCUUUCUGGAUCCUUUUUAUAAACCAGCUUUGCUUCCUCUGUUCCUGAGCUUGAACACAGUGCUGUGUGUGCAUGUAAGUGUGUGUCCAUCAUAUGUGUAUACAGGGGGCUUGGGAUUUCCUGGAGAGCUGUAGCCUGCUAUCUUGGCCUUUCUUCUUCCUAAGGCCAUGUGAGAUCCCAGGUAGAUACUGUCUCUCUGGGCCUCAGUUUCCUGAUAUGUAUGAAGGGUAUAAUCAAGACCAAGCACUUAAUACUUUCUGGGGAUCAUCAGGUAUUUGCACAUGCCAAUGGAUCCCUAUGGGAACCUCACACCUAUCCAGUUUCCCAGAUAGUUACAGGUCAAACACCCCUCUGUAAUGUCCACCCAACUCCAUUUCAAACCUGCACAACAAUCUGAAUCCUUGCAUGUAAACAGUUGGCAAAACUGUGCUGACUGAGGUUUCAUAGUUAAAAAGCUGGCGUCAGAAGCAGGGUCAUAGAGGAGGAGAAACUGGACUUCCCCUGUCUUUACUUCUCCUCAGUCCCGUCACCUAGUUACUCAGCCCCCUGUCUCAUCUACUCUCACUCCUCACUUUCACAAUCAGAUGGUUGAAAAUUGUGGUUUCCUUCACUUUCCCCCUUUCUUUGUGUCCCUACCUCCCCACCACAGUAAUUUCUUCAUUAUCAUUCCUGAACAGACCGUUUGACCCCUUUCUGUCUCUGUUUUCUCAUUAAAUAGUGAAAAUAUGACUUAUAACUCACAGACAUGUUGGGAAGAAUAAGUCAAUCAUUUCAGAGAAAAAAAUCUUAGUAUACACAUACAGUAAACCUGAAUCUUCAAAGUGUUUGUUACUAUUAUUGUUGUUGUUAUUGAUUUAACACCUCUUCAUUAAUAAACAUUAAGGAACAAGGAGGACAAUAGCAAAUGAACAAAAAUCCUGGGCUGGCAAUAUGGUCCAGCAGAUAAAGAUGUUUGCUGCCUCCACGCAUGACAAUCUGAGUUUGAGCCCCAGAACCACAGGGAAGUAGAGGACUGGCUCCUGCAAGUUGUCCUCUGAACAAUACAAGCAUGCCAUGGCAAGAGUACAGCUACACACACACACACACACACACACACACACACACACACACACACACACACACUGAAUAAAUGUAAAAAAACUUUUAAAAGUACUCUGUUGAGUGCUUGCAGCAGGUUUUUGUAUGAUGUGGUUAUUGAGCUAAUCUAAGUAAGUAAAAUUUAAUUAGCUAAAGUAAAUUUACACGAAGAUCGUAGCAAUAGUAUACAGUAAGUGCUCAAUAAGUAGCUGCUGUCAUCACUAUCGUUAUUUUUGUGUGUGUGUGUGUGACAAGGUCUCACUAUGUAUGUUCCAGGCUGUCCCUGGAAUUCACUAUGUAGACCAGGCUACCCUCAAACUCUCAGGAUCUGCUUGCUUGCUGGGAUUACAGCCAUUGUCAUUAUUAUUGGUCUGUCCUUCUUAUAUUAAUUGAGGGUGUUAACUAUUCCACCGAACCCUUCCACAAGACCCCAGGGAAUAUCCUUGCAUCAUCAGGAAGCUGGUGGGCAGCAGUUGCCUCAUCCCAACCCCACCAGGGAUGUGGGCUGGUUGGUGGGGAAGGAGCUGGGCAGGAUGGGGUGGGGAUGGGUUUUCUACUGACUCACUGGCUUCUUUCACCAUCAUCCACACCCUCACUCCCCCUCCCAUGCUCACCACACCAUUCCCUGCUUGCCAAGAUUGUGCCCCGCCUGAGUUAAGAUCUCAGGGUCAAGAAGCCCAGGUUUAAAUCCCAGUUUUGUCCUGUGACCCAGCAAAGUUCUUCACUUCAGCUAUUUGCCUGUUUGAUUUUGUUUCUGUUUAAGACAGGGUCUCUUGUAGCACAGACUAUCUUCAAACAUCCUAAGUUCUAGGCUCACUGGUGUGUGCAACCACAACAAGCUUUUUGGGAAAGGUUACCACCUAAGCUCUGUCUGCACGCUACCUCAGUUCCUCUCCCAGUUCUGACACACUUAACUGCCAUCUUGAAUAAGUCACAGACACUCUCAGUGUAUCAAUUUCUCCACUAUGUAUUUGUGCCUCUUCUCCCAUUUCAUGUUCCUCAACUGUUUUUCUAGUUUGUCUCCCCUCUGUCAUCCCUUACCUUGUAACAAGCCCUUCUUGUUACAGUAAGGCUGGGAAUGAAGUCAUUAACUUCAGCCAUAGGAAGUUUGGGGGAUGUGGGGAAGUGGAGAGGCACAGGGCUCUAGGGGCUUGGGCUGCCUUUCCUCUGCCCUUCAAGGCCGCCAGGGAGGAAUUCGAGUGACGUGGAGCUGGGGGAAGGGGUGCAGUGGUCUGGCUGGCAGUGGAAGGAGUAUCUUUAGGCCGGUCCUCCGGCCCGCCCCUAGGCUUCGAUUCCUGAGGUGGGUGGAUGAGUAAUGCAUCCAGGAAGCCUGGAGGCUGUGAUUUCCGCGCCAACUCCGCCCCUUGCAUGGACAUUUAUUCUUCACCGCUCAGUCCCUGCCGCCAUCGCCGCAGAGAUCGGGCUUCUAGGGAGACACUAGAGCAGAUACCACUAUGGCCCCCUUUGCAUCUCUGGUCUCUGGCAUCCUUUUGUUGCCAUCACUGAUAGCCUCCGGUAAGGCCUGUAGUUGUGCCCCACUCCACCCCCAGACAGCCUUCUGCAACUUGGACCUGGUCAUAAGGGCUAAAUUCAUGGGGCCCCCAGAAAUCAACAUGACCACCUUAUACCAGCGUUAUGAGAUCAAUAUGACUAAGAUGCUCAAAGGAUUCGAUGCUGUGGGGAAUGUUGUAGAUUUCCAGUUCGCCUACACCCCAGCCCUGGAGAGCCUCUGCGGAUAUGUCCACAAAUCCCAGAACCUCAGCGAGGAGUUUCUCAUCGCGGGACACCUAAGGAAAGGGAAUUUGUACAUCACUGCGUGCAGCUUCUUGGUUCCCUGGCAUAGCCUGAAACCUGCUCAGCAAAAGGCCUUCUCGAAGACCUAUAGUGCUGGCUGUGGGGUUUGCACAGUGUUUCCCUGUUCAACCAUCCCUUGCAAACUGGAGAGUGACACUCAGUGCUUGUGGACAGAUCAGAUCCUCAGGGGCUCUGAGAAGGACUACCAGAGCCGUAACUUUGCCUGCCUGCCACGGAAUCCAGGGUUAUGUACCUGGCAAUCCCUGGGGGCCUAGAUGACUCAAAGUCUACCCCCAGUGGAAGCUGAAGCCUGCACACUGUUCACCUUUCCUCCAUCUUUCUUUCUCUUAAAUGGUGAAAUAAAGAACUAUCACACAGCAGCACUGUUUCUGUGUAGUGUCUGGGAACAAACUCAAGACACUGAUAACCUGGUGGAAGCAUCCAGGGACCAAUGAAAAAGAAAAGAUUUGAAAUGUUGAGUUUGGAGGCUGGAAAUGUAGCUUAGUGGUAGAGCAGCUGCUUAGCAUGUACAAAGCUCCAGGUUCAGUUCAAUCUCUGGCAAAAAAGGAAAGGCCAGCCUGGUCUACAGAUAGAAUUCCAGGACAACUAGAACUACAAUGAGAAACCCUGUCUCAAAAAAAGAAAAAAAAAAGAAAAGAAAAGAAAAGAAAAGAAAAAAGAAAAAGAAAAAAAGAUGUUUUUUUUUUUGUUUUUUGUUUGUUUGUUUUGAGACAGUAUAGCUUUGGAGCCUUUCCUGGAAUUCACUCUGUAGCCCAGGCUGGCCUCCAACUCACAAAGAUCCACCUGCCUCUGCCUCCCGAGUGCUGGGAUUAAAGGUGUGCGCCACCACUGCCUGAGGUGUUGGGUUUUUAUACUUUCCUAAAAAAAUGAUAUACUGGUAAUAAUCUCAACAUUGGCAUUAGCACUGGGAACCUGCAAAAUCAGUAAUGAUCAUUUACUUUGCAUUAUCAACUCCAAUGUAUUGAAUAUUUUCUCUACUCAAUACUUUGAGACAUGUUAGUACAGUGAUUAUUAUUAUUUUUGUUUCCUUUUUAUCUUUCUGUAUGUGUCAGUGUGUACCAGUAAAGGCUUGUAUAUUCCUUGACAGCCUUGAGUGUCUGACCUUAGCCUUACUUUAUCUGAGACACUGCAUACACCAGGCUAGCUUUCCUGGGAUUCUCCUUUCUCUGCCUCCCAGUUUACAUACAGAUGCAAGUUGCCACAGCCCAGCUUUAUGUGGGUUUUGGGGAUUCAAUCUCAGGUCCUCAUACUUUCAUGACAAGUGCUUUAUCCACUAAGACAUCUCUCUAGCUCCUAUUUAUCCCUCUUUUUGAGACAGGCUGGCCUCAUACUUGCUGCAAUCCUCUUACCACAUCAUGCCUACUAUAGAAAUUUCUAACUCCUACUUGCCCAAGCUUCUCUAGUUAAUAAAUUAUGCACAGUUGAAAAUUCCCCUAUUCACAAAUGUCACCCUAUCGACAAAUUCAUUGAAAACUACCGUAUCAAAUGGUAAACGUCUCUCCUUGCCUCAAGCAUUAUCCUGAUGUAGUCUAAUGAAGAUGUCCCAUCCAAGCUGUUAUAAUUCCUAAAUCUGAGUUAAGUGAAAGGAAGGGGACCUAGAGACAUUGCCACCUAGCCAGGGACUCUGGAAAAUGGGAUAUACCUGGCCUUAUACCCAGAAGUGCAAUGAAAAAAAGGAAUGAUGCUGAAAUCUCUAGCUCUGAUCUACUCUCCUCUUGUUUCUUUUAUUCUGACCAACUCUGCAGGAAACACUGUACACAGGCGUGGAAUUAGGGUUUAAUGUAUUUAUUUUCUUUUUUCCUGUGUGGUACUAGGCAAGCAGCAAACACUCUAAAAUUAGGCUCUAUCCCCUAGGUCCACGUAGGAUUUAAAACUAGGAACACCCAGGUCUCUGGACUGACUCUCGAAUUUCUUGAUCAUCUUUCUCUGUAAAAUUUGAAUGGGAAACAUGACGAACAUCUCUUUAGGACUUCCAGUUCCCACAGAUGGGUCCAGGUCUGUCCAAUCCCUUCCAGCUCCAAGGCCCAUACUACAAAGAUUCUGACUCUAGAACCAGAAUUUCGGAUUGAGACACUCAAGAGAACACUGAAGUACUGGGUUGACAUGAAUUUGCUUGAACAACAACAACAAAAAAAAACAAGCAUACAAACAACUCCAAUGUACCUUCUUUGGUGAACAAAAAGACCCUCAAAUUCCCUCCCAUCAGACUAUAAACAAGAACAGCUAUGCAUAUGCAUAUGAUGCCCUGCCUACAAUCCUAGCACUUGGAAGGCUUAGUCAGGAAGAUCAUAAGUUUAAAGCCAGCCUGGGCUACAUAGGGUAAUCUUUUCUCAAACACACACACACACACACACACACACACACACACACACACACACACACAGCAAAACACUAAACAAAGAAAAAGAAU